CUGGGCUGUCGCGGAGAUGACAUCAUCGCCGCGCGCUGCCACGUCUGCUCUGCUCCGCGGUAAUGGAGGCUGAGGAUGAGUGCUGACGGAGUCGGGAUCUGCUUCUAGCUUUAGCUCUGGCUCUGACUCUGGCACUGACUCAGGGUCUGGGUCUAGGUCUGGGUCUGACAGCUGGAAGCUUGGACACCGUUUUUCAACUCUCUGGGCCGGGACAGCCUGCGGACAAGCAGCUGGUUUGGUGCGCCUCAACGCGGGGAGGGAGUUCUUUUGCCUGGGGUCCAGCCUGUAAAGCCGCCGCUUGCUCCUAGGGAUCCAGCCCCACCGGCGGGGUCUCCUCCAUGCAGUUGAAACAGGUUGACCACCAUUAACCUGGGUUGCAACUACAGGUGGCACUGGAAGCAGACUGGUUCCCGGACAUGCCCGGUGGAAGGAGGGGCCCUAGUCGGCAGCAGCUAAGCCGUUCAGCUUUACCUUCUUUACAGACUUUGGUUGGUGGGGGCUGUGGCAAUGGAACAGGCCUGAGAAACAGGAAUGGUAGUGCUAUUGGCCUUCCGGUCCCACCUAUCACAGCCUUAAUUACCCCAGGUCCUGUUCGUCAUUGCCAAAUUCCUGAUUUGCCUGUGGAUGGGAGCCUGCUCUUUGAAUUUCUCUUUUUCAUCUACCUGCUGGUUGCUCUGUUCAUUCAGUACAUCAACAUCUAUAAAACAGUGUGGUGGUAUCCUUACAAUCACCCUGCUUCUUGUACUUCUUUGAAUUUUCAUCUCAUUGAUUACCACCUGGCAGCAUUCAUCACAGUGAUGCUUGCAAGGAGGCUUGUAUGGGCUCUCAUCUCAGAGGCCACUAAAGCGGGUGCUGCAUCUAUGAUUCACUACAUGGUUCUGAUAUCAGCUCGCUUGGUGCUACUCACUUUGUGUGGAUGGGUACUUUGUUGGACGCUGGUCAAUCUCUUUCGAAGCCAUUCAGUCCUCAAUCUCCUUUUCCUUGGCUACCCGUUUGGUGUGUAUGUUCCUCUCUGCUGUUUCCACCAAGACAGCAGAGCUCAUCUUCUUCUCACAGACUAUAACUACGUGGUUCAGCACCAGGCCGUGGAGGAAAGUGCUUCAGCUGUGGGUGGCUUGGCCAAAUCCAAAGACUUCCUGUCCUUGUUGCUGGAGUCUCUGAAAGAACAGUUCAAUAAUGCCACGCCCAUCCCCACCCACAGCUGCCCCCUGUCUCCAGACCUCAUCCGCAAUGAAGUAGAAUGUCUGAAAGCAGAUUUUAACCACAGAAUCAAGGAAGUUCUCUUCAACUCCCUCUUCAGCGCCUACUAUGUUGCCUUCCUCCCCCUGUGUUUUGUGAAGAGUACCCAGUACUACGACAUGCGCUGGUCGUGCGAGCACCUCAUUAUGGUGUGGAUCAAUGCUUUUGUCAUGCUCACCACACAACUGCUUCCAUCCAAAUACUGUGAUUUGCUCCAUAAAUCAGCCGCUCAUCUGGGCAAGUGGCAGAAGCUUGAACAUGGGUCCUACAGCAAUGCUCCCCAGCACAUUUGGUCAGAAAAUACAAUAUGGCCUCAAGGGGUACUGGUGCGACACAGCAGAUGCUUAUAUAGAGCCAUGGGGCCUUACAACGUCGCGGUGCCUUCGGAUGUAUCCCAUGCCCGCUUUUAUUUCCUAUUUCAUCGUCCAUUAAGGCUGUUAAACCUGCUAAUCCUCAUUGAGGGCAGCGUUGUCUUCUACCAGCUCUAUUCCUUGCUGAGGUCCGAGAAGUGGAACCACACACUUUCCAUGGCUCUCAUCCUCUUCUGCAACUACUAUGUUUUAUUUAAGCUCCUCCGGGACAGAAUAGUAUUAGGCAGGGCGUACUCCUACCCACUCAACAGUUACGAACUCAAGGCAAACUAAGUGCCUCUCAACAAUGAGGGAGAACUCAGAUAAAAAAUAUUUUCAUACGUUCUAUUUUUUUCUUGCGAUUUUUAUAAAUAUUUAAGAUAUUUUAUAUUUUGUAUACUAUUAUGUUUUGAAAGGUGGGAAGGGUAAGGGAUAUUAAAUGUAUCCAUAAACAAGGUGAUGUGAUCUUUCACGUGUUAGUAUAUUUGAAUAAUAUACAGAUGAGAGGUGAGCCUCUCCAGUAAAGAAAUUGAUUUGUU